CGGUCAAUUGACUUUGACGAAGACGACGACCAUGAUGGAGGGCAAGCGCGUCGCGUUGCAGACGUCGGUGGUCGCCGAGUACGCCGGUCGCGUCGAGUGCGUCGUGCACUACUCCAUGCGCGUGCUUGUCGGUACGGCGGACGGGAAGCUGGUCUUGUACGACACGCGCAAGGACACGAGCCGCCCGAUCGCGUCGCACGAGCUGCCCCAUCGCGGCCGCGUGCAGCAAAUCCUGGUCGUCCCGCACAUCCGCAUGGUGCUCGUCCUUGCGAACAACACGGUCACGGUCCACGCGGCCACGGACCUCGAGCUCCUCGCGUCGGACCUGCACCUCGCCAAGGACGUCGUGCACCUCUGCGUCAACCAGCGUGGGCCGCCCCACUUUCGUAUCUGCGCCUCGUCCGGCGCCAAGCUCCAGCUGUUCCAGUUCGAGGCGAAGGAGAAGCGGUACCGGUUUCUGCGCGAAUUGCCGAUUGCGAGAGCGCCCGAGAGCGUCGCGUGGUACCGCAACAAGCUCGUCGUCGGCAGCCGCGAUGGCUACGUGCUCAUGAACGACAAGACGGGCGAGACGGCGCCGAUCAACUUGAGCAUGGGUGGUUCCGGCACCGCGGCCAUCAAGCUCCUUCCGAACGAAGAGAUUGUCGUCGCCGCGAUGGACACGGUCGGCGUCUUCAUCACGUUUACGGGCGACCCGGUCGAGCGCAACUCGAUCUCGUGGUCCAAGCCGCCGUCCGCGAUUGAAUUCACAUCACCGUACAUUGUCGCGAUGCUUCCGUCCAAGGGCGUCGAGAUCCACUCGCUCGCCGACGCGUCGCUCGUCCAGUUCCUCCCGAUUCCGCGCAUUGCGGCCAUCUUUAGCAACGGUAUGAAGUGGGACAUGGAUCCGCGGCCUGUUGGUGACUCGGAGGACGUUGUCGUCGUCGCCCAGCUCAACCCGUCGGGGACGACCUCGAUCCUCAAGAUCGAGCAGACCCCAAUGGACCAGCAAGUGACGGAGCUCCUCGAGCGCGGCAAGAUCGAGGACGCGUCGGACCUCAUGAAGAAGAGCCUCGCGUCGCUUCCGAGUGACAAGCAGAAGAGCCGCAUGCGCCGCUUCCACCGCCAAGUCGCGAUCGCCCUCCUCCGCCGCUGCGAGUUUGACAGCGCGGUCGAGUUUGUCUAUCGGUCCGGUAUGGACCCGCGCGAGUGGCUCUCGUUCUUUCCGGAGCUCUGCGCGCCGAGCUUUGCGUACGAGCCGACGGUGCUGACGCCGGACGUCUUGCCGCGCGGCAAUAGCGCAAGCCCUGAUAUGAAGUCGGUCCUCGCAGUACUGCUUAAAGACCACGCGCACGUGAUGGCGCCCGAGAUUGCGUCGGCCGGCGCGACCAAGCUGCACCAGCAGGCGACCAAGGCGCUCAUGAAGUCGCUCGAGAUGAUCAAAAAACAUGCCAGCCGGGACCGCAGCGCGUCGAAGGAGUCGCCCUUUGCCACGCCCAAUCGGUCCCGCUCGGGCAGCCGCGACCGGGCGUUCUCGUCGCGCUCCAAUUCGAUCGCGUCGGUGCCAAAGGAUCUGCAGCGCGCCGAGGCUGUGGACACGGCGCUGCUGCGUUUGUUCAUUCUUUUUCAGCGCUUUCCCGACAUUACGACGCUCCUCACGUCGCUGGAUGCGCAGGGCGACGGCGCCCACGUCGACAUGGGCUCGUCCCAGAGCCUCCUCAUGCGUCAUCAUUUGUACUAUGAGCUCGGCCUCUUGUUUGAGCGCCACGGCCGACUCCUCGACGCACUGGACGUCUACGCGCGCAUGGGCUCGGGCGAGUACGUUCAGAGCACGGUCGAUGACAGCGCGUCCGGGGUUCUCGCGACCGUCGAGCUUUUGCGAACGCUCGACGACCCCGCGCUCGUCUAUACCCACUCGAAAUGGGUGCUCCAGGCCGCGCCGCAAGAGGGGCUGCGCAUUUUCACGAGCCGCAAGCCGGGCCUACCCAAGCUCGUCGUGGCCGAUGUGGCUGCGCACCUUAAGGCGCACUCGUCGGACGCGUCUGUCGCGGCAAAGUACCUCGAAAUCAUGGCCGACGAGUCGGGCGGUGGCAAGGGCAUCGCGCUCGACAUUGAAAACCCCCACCACACGCGCCUCGCGCAAGAGUACCUCGAUGAAGUGCUCAAGCUCAUCGCCAACGGCGACGUGCCGUCCAAGUCGAAUCCUGGCCGCGAACCGGGCGCGUUGGGCGUCGCGCGCAAGCGUUUGCUCAAGUUUCUAAAAGCCCCGGAAUCCGCGUACGACGUCUCGGCGCUCAUGUCGAAAGUCAAGGCGUCGCCGCUGCGGGCCGAGUUUGUCGUGCUCUGUGGCCGCGGCGGCUUCCACGACGAAGCGCUGCACUCGAUGCUGGCGAUGAGCGACGACCUCGCCGGCGCCGAAGCCUACUGCGACAAGUACGGGUCGUCGGGCCGCGGUGGCACCAACAAGGCGCUCUUGCUGCUGUUGCAGCUGUGCUUUGCAGACCUCGACAACGUCGACCGUGUCGAGUUUGCCCACCUCGUCAUGGCUCGCCACGCCAAGCAGCUGCCGGGUAUCACGGCGCUGGAGCUCAUUCCGCCGUCGACGCCGCUGGCCAAGGUGACGGAUUUCCUCGGGCAGCUUCUGCCGCACAGCGCGCACCAAGUCCGCGAUCAAAUGCUCGCGCGGAACCUCUCCAACAUUUACAACCUCCAAGUGCAGUGCGACCGCGUCGAGCGGAUUUCCGAGUCGGUCGAAAUUGACGCCAAGACGAUCUGCGGCGUGUGCAAGAAGCGCAUUGACACGACCAUCUUUGCCGUGUACCCCAACGGAUCGCUCGUGCACUUUAGCUGCGGCGCCAACGCGAGUAUGGAAGUCGACCCCGUCACCGGCAUGGACUUUGGCAACUAAACGAUCAAGUUCUAAUACUCUGGGUUGACGAGCAAGAAACGACCAGUGUGUAUGUCAUGCCCGUCA